AUGUUGGAUUUCGAAUUUAACAGUCCAACAGGAAAACUGCCUGAUUCUUUGGGAUAUCUUAAAAGCUUGAGAUACCUCGAAUUGUCGGGUAACUCACUCCAGGGUUCAAUCCCAAAAUUGAUUGGAAAUUUAACAUCUUUGGAGGAGUUUAACCUUGGAAGUAAUCAAAUGAAUGGGAUCAUCCCAGAAAGUCUUGGGGAGCUCUCAUCGCUGGUUUCACUUGAUAUCUAUGGCAACACAUGGGAAGGUGCCAUUACAGAAGCUCAUUUCGCGAAACUUGGAGGCAUGAGAAAAGUAUCAAUUGGAAAUUAUCUCCCAAACAUUUCCUUGGUUUUCAACAUUGAGGUGACCACGGUGGUACUCUGUAAUGCUAGGAUUUCAGGCACCAUACCAGAUUGGUUUUUGCAAUUAGAUUUGCAAUUAGAUUAUCUAGAUGUAGGCCUCAUCAUUUGGCCCGCGGGCUCAUGGGGGCCUGCUCGUCCCAUUGAAAAAAAGCCCGGCCGGCCCGUUAUGGGCUUUGAGAUGGCCCGGCCCGUCUUGGGCUGGGCUAGGCUUUGGCUUGGGUGUCUGAAGCCUCACCCGGCCCGAUUGAGCCCAAGAAAGCCCCGUCUGGCCAUAUGA